AGUACUUUCCCAAGUACUGAAAAUUAAAAAUAUCAUCGGAAGAACCUUCUAUCUCAAGUCAUCCAUCAUCGUCGUAUUCUUCUAAUUAUCGCAACAUUUUCUCCCCUUUUUCUCUCUCCUCCGAAUUUCUCGUUCUUCAUCAUCUACCUUCAUUUCCAAGGGGUAAUUUGUCGUUGUUGUCGACGCGAGUGCUGCUGUUCUGAUAACCAGUGGUGUUGUUAGGUUGUAUCUUGAAGUUGAUUGUUGAAUUUGGGGUUGUAAAGAUGAGUGAUAAUUUGAUGGACAAAGUGACUUCAUUGGGUGAGCGUCUAAGGAUCGGUGGGACUGAGGUUGGUAAGAAGAUGAGUGAGGGUGUGAGCUCGAUGAGCUUCAAGAUGAAGGAACUAUUCCAAGGGGGAACAAAUCAGGCUGAUAAAAUCGUCGAGGAAGCAACUGCUGAGACUCUUGAGGAGCCAGAUUGGGCUACGAAUCUUGAGAUAUGUGACAUGGUUAAUCAAGAGAGAGUUAAUAGUGUUGAUUUGAUUCGAGGGAUAAAGAAGCGGAUUAUGUUAAAGACCCCUAGGAUUCAGUAUUUGGCUAUGGUGUUGCUCGAAACUAUUGUUAAGAACUGUGAAAAGGCAUUCUCUGAGGUGGCGUCAGAAAGAAUUCUUGAUGAGAUGGUAAAGUUGAUUGAUGACCCCCAAACUGUUGUUAAGAACAGGAACAAGGCACUUAUGCUAAUCGAAUCCUGGGGGGAGUCCACAAAUGAGCUGAGAUACUUGCCUGUAUUUGAAGAAACAUACAAGAGCUUGAAGUCGAGAGGAAUCCGGUUCCCAGGGCGUGAUGAUGAGAGUUUGGCACCCGUAUUUACCCCUCCACGCUCCGUCUCUGAAGCAGAAUUGAAUGCAACUCUUGCACAACGUGAUGUUCCUGUACAAACCUUCUCUGCUGAAGACACAAAAGAAGCUUUUGAUGUAGCACGGAACUGUAUUGAACUUCUUUCUACUGUUUUAUCAUCUUCUCCUCAACAAGAUGUGCUGCAGGAUGACUUGACUACAACGUUGGUACAACAGUGUCGCCAGUCCCAAUUCACUAUUCAGAGAAUCAUUGAGACUGCUGGUGAUGAUGAGGCUCUUCUUUUUGAGGCUCUAAAUGUAAACGAUGAGAUCCAGAAAGUCAUCUCCAAAUAUGAUGAUAUGAAAAAGCCCUCUACGAUCCCAUCAGCACCGGAACCAGCCAUGAUUCCUGUUGCUGUUGAGCCUGAGGAGUCUCCACGGUCUGGGAAAGAAGAGUCACUUGUAAGGAAACCAUCAGGAUCCCGAGGCAAUUCUCAUGGAGGGCAGCAUGAUGACAUGAUGGACGAUCUUGACGAGAUGAUCUUUGGCUCGAAAUCUGACACACCAACAAAUUCUGGAAUUGAGCCAAAGAAACCGGAUUCAGCAAAAGAUGAUCUCAUUUCCUUCUGACUUUACGUAUACAUAUAUGAGUGGCUGUCUGGUGUUCUAUGUAUGUGUUUGAUGCCUGGAUAUGUGUUUGAGGCUAAAGGAAAUGCAUGUGAAUUUUAUAAGGAUUGCUAACAUUUUCAUUGUGUCUGGCCGCUCCUUUGUAAGUAGAUUCUUCUCAGAUUCUUGGAUUUUUAGUUCCAGUAAUCUUGAAUUAUCUAGGAGCUGUGCUUGUGGUUUACCUGAUUAUUGUUCCAUUGGUCUGUUCGUUGUUUAAACACGGAGAAUAGUUAAAAGCAUGUUGUCAUUUUGGCCUCUGAUCCUAAAGGUUAAACCUAUUACGAGUAUUUUGCUUUAGCCUA